AUGGAAUUCUUUGAUGAACUUGCCACCUGGGCUGAAGAAACUAUUGCCCAUCACGAACCGGCUCCGGAACAACAAUAUGAAUACCAUCAAGAGUAUGAACCAUAUCAGGAACCACAACAAUAUCAGGAACCAGAACCCGAGGCAGAACAGAAUGAUGAGCAGGCUGCAGAAGAGGAAGCAGAACAGAAUGAAGAGCAGCCUGCGGGAGAGGGAGAGAAAGAAGAAGGGAGGAGAAGCAGCAAUAGCAAGAAGCAUGUGAAAAGUGUAGUAGCAGCAGCAUCAGCAGCAGCAUUAGGACUUGGAAAAGCCAAGGUGGGUGCUGAGAAGGCCAAGGCAAAGAUCAAGGGUAAAAUCAAUUGGGUCAAAGAUAAGUGCCACCACAAUGACAAUGUCUCCAAGUGA